AAUACACUCGCCAGUGUCCUGUCGCGACGUGUGAAACGUCAAAGUGUCAUUUUGCGGUGCAAAUCUUCAAGGGAUUUAAAAAGAACCUUGAUGACCUUUGCAGCCUGAAAGAACUUGUAUCCGAAGGUCCUGGGAUUGUAUGCAGUUCAAACACUUAAGCAUGUGGCCCAUGGGUGCCACAGUCCAGCUACUUCAAAGGAUUUUUUCUCCCAUGGCAUUUUAACAAAGGAACAAAGUAUCAAAAGUAUCCAAAAAAACCUCUGGAUCACAAGGCCUUUAUUUCAAGGAUAAUCAUAAAUGUGUGGGCCUUUACAGGGAUGUUUUCUUUAAAAGCCUCCUUGGCUGUCUGUGUCUCUUUUUUCCCAAAUAAGUAACCUGACAAGAGAGACUCCCAUGAGCAACUCUGCAGGAGGCCCGAUAACGUCGACAUGAGUAGUACUUUAGGCAAAGAAAAAGAUUCGAAAGAAAAGGACCCCAAAGGUGGUCCAGCGGGGAAAGAAAGGGAAAAGGAUGCCAAGGCUCUCGCCGGCCUAGUCAAGGAUGGUGGCAAAGAAACGAAGACCAAAGGGAAAGAUGCCAAAGAAGGAAAGAAGGACACCAGCAGCUCAACACCGGGUGUUGCCUUCUCUGUUGACAAUACAAUAAAACGGCCAAACCCGGCACCAGGUACGCGUAAGAAGUCCAGCAAUGCCGAGGUGAUCAAAGAGCUCAACAAGUGCCGGGAGGAAAACUCGAUGAGACUGGACCUAUCUAAACGGUCCAUUCACAUGCUGCCCACCUCCAUUAAGGAGUUGACGCAGCUGGCUGAACUCUACUUAUACAGCAACAAGCUGCAGAGCUUGCCGGCGGAGGUGGGCUGCCUAUCAGGCCUGGUCACUUUGGCCCUGAGUGAGAACUCCCUGACUAGUUUGCCUGACUCCCUGGACUCCCUUAAGAAGCUUCGAAUGCUCGACCUCCGGCACAACAAGCUGAGAGAGAUACCGGCUGUUGUCUACCGGCUGACAUCACUGACCACGCUGUACCUGCGAUUCAACCGCAUCACAACCGUGGAAAAGGACAUCCGAAACCUAUCGAAGCUCACAAUGCUCAGCAUUCGUGAGAACAAGAUUAAGCAGCUGCCCGCGGAGAUAGGGGAGCUAUGCAACCUCAUAACUCUGGAUGUUGCCCAUAACCAGUUGGAACACCUACCGAAGGAGAUUGGGAAUUGCACACAGAUAACCAACCUCGACUUGCAGCACAAUGAGCUCUUGGACCUCCCAGAGACUAUAGGCAACUUGGCAAGCAUAAAUCGCCUAGGUCUGCGAUACAAUAGAUUGUCAGCCAUCCCCAGAUCAUUAGCCAAAUGUCGAGAACUGGAGGAGCUAAACCUUGAGAACAACAACAUUUCGGUGUUGCCGGAGGGCCUAUUGUCAAGUUUGGUCAACCUGACCAGCCUAACACUGGCAAGGAACUGCUUCCAGUCGUACCCUGUGGGUGGACCAUCCCAGUUCUCCACCAUCUACUCCCUCAACAUGGAGCACAACCGCAUCAACAAGAUCCCCUUUGGUAUCUUCUCCAGGGCCAAAGUGUUGAGCAAGCUUAACAUGAAGGACAACCAGUUAACAUCUCUGCCAUUGGACUUUGGCACAUGGACAAGUAUGGUCGAGCUUAACCUGGCCACCAAUCAGCUGACGAAGAUCCCAGAGGACGUCUGUGGUUUAGUCUCUUUGGAGGUGUUAAUAUUGUCGAAUAAUCUUCUCAAGAAGUUACCACAUGGUAUUGGGAAUUUGAGAAAGCUUCGGGAGCUCGACUUGGAGGAAAACAAGCUGGAAUCUCUACCUAAUGAAAUAGCUUAUCUUAAAGAUUUACAAAAACUGGUGUUGACAAAUAAUCAGCUGACCACGUUACCCAGAGGCAUCGGCCACCUCACCAACCUGACUCAUCUUGGUUUGGGGGAGAACCUGCUGCAACACCUCCCAGAGGAGAUUGGUACACUGGAGAACUUGGAGGAACUGUACCUCAACGACAACCCCAACCUGCACAGCCUCCCGUUCGAGCUGGCCCUCUGCAGCAAGUUGUCCAUCAUGAGCAUCGAGAACUGUCCCCUCAGCCACCUGCCGCCACAGAUUGUCGCAGGAGGCCCCUCCUUCAUCAUCCAGUUCCUCAAGAUGCAGGGACCAUACCGUGCCAUGGUCUGAGCCAAGAGCAGCUCAAUCCCAGUCCUACUUGACUCCAAACCCUCCACUUGCUCUGCUCCCACUCGCCUGCCCGCCCCCAUCACGUGUAUCAUACGCUGUAAAGAAAACAGACUCGCCACACUCAGCGUCAGGGGCAAAUACAGGGAGGAGGAAGAAAAUGUUUCUUUCACCAUCCUCGGGCAGAAAUGAGGCGAUUCGUCGGAGACUUGACUUCUGUGUUACUCCAGAGUUUAUCACGGUCAUUUUAGGACCCCAGCCACCCCCGCUCAUGUUUCAUUCCGAAUCAUACAGGAGGAAAAUAUUUCCAUCUCUUUGCCAAAACUGAAGAUAUAUAAAGUUAUAUAUAUUGAGUAACUGUGAGCUAAGUGGCAAGUCUUUUAACCAUAUAAAUCGUGCUCCCAUUGCCAACGUAUUUACAGUAAUUACAAGCAUCUAUUAUGUGAGCAAGGAUACAAUUGUAUGCAAAAACAAACAAAAAAAGUCUUGGAACUACACAUUUACUGCUGCUGCCGUAAUUUUAACUUUGUCAUCUUGUUAUAUUUUCUUUUGAUAUUCACUUUUUUUUUUACAUCACUUUCGCUCAAGAUAACUUAUGUUAACUGCUUCUUGACCACAGAGAACAAAGGUCUAAUGAUGGCGUGUUUAUAAUUUUUUUUUUUUUUUUUUUACCUCUAUGUUUAUUUUUGAAAACUGUGCCUAUGUUUAGAGUGAUCCAGUGGUUCAUUUCUAAACACAAUUGUCCAUGAGAAUACAAAGAUAUAAAUUAUUUCAAUAAUUCUUUUUUUUUUAUUACUGCUGUUUUUACUUUAGUUUUUUUCCUUUUUUUAGUGUUCCUUUUGCUGUUGCAUUAAUCUGUUAAACCAAGCGAUAUCAGUUGUAAAAUAGGGUGAUUGGAGAUCUUUUUAACAAAUAGCAGCAGUAGUUGUUAAACAUUAAGCUAGUAGUGUAUACAUAUGAGAAAUGCCAAUCAUACAUGCUUGAAAAAAGAAAAGCAAGUUGGACUUUUCUCCAAAACGGGCGGUGCUGUCACCCCCGUCUAUAUUUGCUUUUGUGUGACAAAAAGGUAUUGAAAAAAGUCAAACCUACACAGGUGAUGGGAUAAAUGAUGAGAUGUUUUUAUAUAUGUAUACAAAUCCUGGUCGUUGCCUUGAGUGCAAUUUUUAGUUAUGUUUACUGGUUUGAUAUUAUCUUCAGUGUUGGGCUGCAUAGCUGUCAUUCAAUUGAUCAUUGACCAACAUAUCAAGCAUUUUUAAAACGACAUUAUCUGGAGCAAGCGGUGAGUAUCAGUUAAACAUUGACAGAUAACACUUCCUUUUUUGUUAAUAUCCUUAAUUUCUCUGUAGUUUUGUUUUUGACAGGGUCUCCUAAGAAUCUUAAAUACAUGAUGGAAAAUGUUACCUUGAUUUAGAUUCGUAAUUUAAUUUUCUUUUUAUAUAUAUAUAUAUCUUCUUUUGUCCCACACUGUCCCAGCAAUGCUGCUGCUCUUAUGCACUUUUUUAAAAAGACAUUGGCAUCCUCUAUAUUAGGAAAAAAACACACAGUAGCCUCUCAUUGGUUAUUUUGAAUGGGGGCAUUUUGUUUCAUAAAGUAUUUUAUCUGUUAAACAAACGGUUUAUCAUGUAAAUUUGUAUCAAUUAAAUAUAAAUGUUGAGUUUAGCGUGCUCAGAAUAUACUUUCUUUGGGGAAGUUUUAUCCUGUCAAUCUUAAAGGAACUUGCUCUCUUGAACUGUAAAAGGGUCUGUGUGGCUAUGAGAUGUUUUAAGAUUCCCAUAUCCUGCUUUCUCCAUUGCAAGCAAAAUGGCUUAUUGCAGUUCAGAUCAGCGUUGUUUAUUUUAAAUCAAUUUACAUUGAGUGUUUUCUUUUUUCUAAAUGAUGAAAUGUGUAUUCAGUUAGUAUUAUUUCAAGUGACUGUACAUUAAAAAUCCCAACAAAAGGUAAUCAAACCAAACAUUUUUUUUUCUUUUUGAAAAUGUGUUGCAUCCCAGCUCUAUAUUCAAUCAUGAUUCUGUUUUGUAUUGAAACGUGUGGGUCUACUUUUUUUGCAGCAGCUUGGUGUGUUUAAGUGGGCUGUGGUUCGGUCUCCUCCACGGAGGAGGCCUGAGUGAUGAGAGCGCCACAGCUCACCUCGGGGUGGGGCCGGGUCGGGGGAAACGAUGUACCGCUGCUUCUAAUUUACCAGCAGAACCUGUUGCUGCUUUUCGUGGACUGAAACAUAAUGCUGUACGAGACGGGGAGGGCAGGAGGCGGGAAAGAUCCACUCCCAACACUGAUACAGACUUCACUCGAGAAACCUGACGAGGGACAAAUCCACUGACCUUUUCGAUUUGGCGUCAGGCCCGGUGGUUUUCUCACAGAUCAAAUCGUUUGGACACAACGAUGAGACAACACAACAAGGUGCAUAUUUGAGCUUAACGCAGUUACAGUACAAGACUGUCGGAAAAAGACAAAAAAAAAUUGUAAAAAGGGCUUUCUGUGUUCACGCUCAACAACACACCGGAGGCAUUGCAUUCCUGGGUUUUCUAUAAAAGCUUUGGAAGUUUCUUUUUUUGUGUAUUUACUUUUAGCUGUAAACAAUUGUGUGAAAAAUGCCUUCAACAAGUACUCAAAAGUGAGAUGUGCAUUAGGUAUGCAGCGAGAGUGCUGUGACCCAUUUUUACAUUCAGUCUCUGUUUUUACUUUUUUCAUGUGCCAUUUUGCAAGGUUGAGAAUGCCAGUGUAUGAAGACGCAGAGGAUGAUUGAUGGGAGGCGGGACGGAGACUGAACUGGGCUAAUCUACCGGAGAGCAUUUAUCAGAUCCUGGAAUGUAGUUUUAACGUGCUGUGUGGAGGAGACGGAGAUCACCCACUGACUGACGCGUUCAGUUCAAAGGUGUGACUUGUUGGAUCAAAAACGAUGACGACGUAUUGCAUACUGGUGCAUCCAAAAUAAUUGGAGUAUAAUUGGUGUUUAUUUUUCUAUUGUCUGUGAUUUUAGGCUGUGGAGAGCAUCGCAGAAUCAAAGUCAUUUAGCUCCUUUUGCUUUUUAUUCUGGAUCACACAACUUGUCUUUUUCUUGCCUGGUUAUUUUGUACAGGAAACAAGCAUGUUGAACACAUAUUUGACAUGAUUUGUCUGGGUCAGAAUCGGGCGUUUUUGCAUAGAGGACUUGGAUUUAGUGGCUAUUUGGUGUAUCUGCAAAUGCUCCCUUUUUGUAUAUUGCAAAGGGUAUCGAAGCAUUGUGUGGCAAUGCUUAUCCUACUUAAUCUACAUUGACAAGCAGCCUUAAUGGUCUUUUUUUAUGUGUUUGUUUGGCUAUUCCUUGUGUCUAUGGCCACUGACUGUACUUGAUGACAAGCAACUGGUCGUUACAGUGUAAAUUUGGGUCUAGUUUCUUUCUGUCUUAUUUUUCCUUUUACUCUGUACAGUAAUCUGACGUUACGGUAGACUCAGUAUUACGAACUCUGUAAUGUGAUGGGAGUUUUACAAAAAGACAGAGUGCAAUGGAAGAUAAUGCCAUUAUGCUACCAAGUGAGUGGAUGUGCAUUAGCUUGCAUCUCACUUGUCUUUGGCAUUAAAGGGGAAUUCCAGCAAAACUGGCUUGCAUUUUUUUUCUGCAAAGGCAGGGCCUUUUCUAUUUGAAAUUACUACAUAUUUCUUUUUCAUACAUUUUCUCAAAAGUCAUCAGGUUUGAGUUAGAAGAUUGUCCAAGUUUCAACAAUCUCAGACUAAGUGGAUGUCACAUAAUUUUAUUUCCCCUGAUGUUGCAGACUUUUGUUUUUACUACAUCUAUAUAAAGAAUCUGCAAAAAACAAACCUGAGUUUUUUCGAUGCUUCAGGUCGAUGUUGUAGAAACAUAUUCUUCAUGUUGAGAGCACAUAACUACAUAAAUACACUGUUUGUAAUUAAACCAAGCCACUUUUGAUGGAAGGGCCCUUUUAAUGCGAAGCCGCCAGCUCUUUCUCUGACGUGAAUCCCACCCACUCACACCCCCUGCUAUCGUAUCUCCAUACAUUUACUUGACUGCCUUAUGUGCACCAAGCAAAACCUUUAUGACCGUUUGAUUUAAUCAACAAAGACAGAUAAUCACUUUUCUUCUUUUCUUUCUGUAAUGCCAGUAAAGGGAUCUGGGUCCACGGAUUGAACAGAUGUUGAAAGUUUUUGGGUCAGUUGUCUCUUGACUGGAUGAGCAGAUGCAGACAUGACUACCUCUAUGUGAGUCUUCAUUGCUAACCACAGUGACCAAGAUCCAGUCUGAGGUGUUUCUACCUGUGUACAUACAAAGCCGCGUGUUGGGAAGCAGGAACGUGGAUUUGGACUAGCAAUUCAACCACAAUUUGUUUUACUAAGCAUCCUUUUAUUGUUUUAUUUCGGUUAUAUGCCUUUACUAAGUAUUAUUUGGCAAAUGAAAAAAAAGAGGAAAAAUUUGUGUGCUUGGUUGUAAAUGACAAACUUAAUCAAUGCCGCCCCAUUGUAAGACAGUUAUCCUGAAACCAACUAGUUGCAGAGUGCUACUUUGCAAAUGAGUGAAAAUGACCAUGUUUGGUGAUGUUCUGUAUGUACAUACAUCUUUUUAACUGUAAUAAACUGAUAAAUAUUUACAAAUUUA